AUGGUGUUUGGAUUCAGUACUAUAAAAAAUCCUCUAUAUGGCCAGAUGUUUGAUAUAAAUGAACUCCCUGUUGCUGAUAAUAAUGAAGAUAGAAGAAUUUGGAGCUUUUCCAUUACUGGAGAUUUCACAGUAGCUUCAGCAGUGGAGGCUAUCAGAAGGAAAUAUCCAAAACUUCAAUGGACAAAAAAAAGAAAUGAUGAAGAAAAUUUAGAACAUAUCCUGUGGAACUGUAAGCACAGUGAGAUUGUGUGGAAAUGGCUAGGGGACAUGUUUUGUUUUAAACACCCAAGAUCUUUUGAGGAUAUUUUUAAAUUUGUUAUGCAAAAGAGCUUUGCAGUUAAAGAAAUAUGGUUGUCCGCUGCUUUCAUUACAUUGAGAGAACUCUUGUUUUUGAGGAAUAAAUGUGUAUUUGAAAAUGAAAGUUUCAAUGAACAAAGUACCAAGACCAGAAUUCUUAAACUUACUGCUGAGAGUGAAGUAAGAAUGAAAGGCAAAAUGUGGAAUUCAUUUUAUGACUUGCAGAUUCUGAAACUUUUCAACAUGAGCCGUAGAAGAACUGUCUCAACAAGAAUCCAAGAAAUCUAUUUUCUUCUCCCAGUGAACAAUCAGAUUCUACUUUGCUGUGAUGGUGCAUCAAAAGGGAACCCAGGAAUGUCAGGAUAUGGUUUUGUUGGGAGAACUUCAAAUGGUGAAUGUAUAGUUGCUAUGGCAGGAGGUCUAGGAGUGGCUACAAACUACUUUGCAGAGGUCAUGGCUUUACUGUGUGCUGAAGAAUGGGCUAUCAAGAAUGGUAAAUUGGAGGUUAUAUUCAGAAUAGAUUCCAAAGCAGUUAUUAAAGCAUUUACAUCAGGGCACAUUCCAUGGUUUGCAGUUACAAGAUGGAGUAAGAUUACUGAAAGGUUGCAAUCCUGGUGUUUUAUUCACAGUUACAGAGAAGUGAAUUUCUCUGCAGAUUUUAUGGCUAAAAAAGGAGCAAAUAUGGCAAGGGGAGAAAAUUUACUUUUCAAAGGAUGA